CGAAGCCAGAAUUUUAUUUUAAUGGGUGCACAUCUUAUAUAAUUAAAAUAAAUGUCAAAAGAAGGAUCGAGCUUGAGAUAUCAAUGGGUGCACAAGUACACUCUUACCAUUUUUCCUAGCUAAUUUUCUUGGCAGUUUAGAUACUAAAAUCAUAAUAUCCAAAAGAUUACGGGUGCACGUGCCCCCAUUAGUCAUGCACUGGCUACGCCCCUGGUUACAUAAUACAGUAUAACUUAUAAGCAAACAAUGUUGAAUUAUUUGUUUGGUUGAUACCAUAUUAAGAGAAAACAAAAACCAAUGAACAUAAGUUUAUUUUGUUCCCACACAUACAAAAGAUCUCUCUUCUCACUCUAUAAAGAUUUAUAUGAGCUAGGAAUGGGCAUUCGGGUACCCCUUCGGAUUUAGCUUUUGCAACCAAAUUACCAGGAUUGUGACCAAAAAGGCCAAUAAAACAAACCCAUAAACCAAAAUGCCAAAUAUUAGCCCUUUCCUGGCAGAGCCGUGCCUAUAGUGUAAUAAAAAAGGCUUCUGCCUUAGGCCCCUCAUAAUUAAUAAGAUUUUGGGGCACCAAAUUGUCAAUAAUCCGCUAUAGUCUAGUGGCUUAGUGGCUGUUUUAGUUACAGUCUUACAGAUGUGUGUUAGGUUCGAUUCUUCUAAUGCUAAGUUCUUUUUCUCUUUUCUUGAGUUAAAAAUUUUUAGUAUAAAAAAUUAUAUUUAAAUGUUAUUAUUUACAAAUUUGCCUUGGGCCCCUCUAGACCUAAGCACGCCACUGUCUCCUGGUAGAUGCUUUCUCAGUCUCCAAAAUAUUAGACACAAACUAGAGCUAAAAGCCGAAAAUGCUAUAAACAUUAGACACAUUGUAACCUUUGGGGUUGCCUUCAAGCAACUAUAUCUUAUAUCUUUUAUGAAAUCAAUCAAUCAUUUUAUCUCCUGAAGAAAAAAUAGAGCUUUAUUUUCCUUUCUAUUUUGUGUUCUAAGAAAGAUCCUUAGAUUUAUUUGCAUUUUGUGUCGAUGAAGCUUUAUAAUGCUAUAACCAUUGCAUAAGAUCUACUCACUAAACUGCCAUAAUAGAACUUAUGUCCCUCUGUAAUCGUUCCAGUAGAGGCUGAGAACCUGAUUGUAACUUGAAAGAUUUAGAGAAAAUCAAAUGGGGAAUAAAACAUGAAAGUGCAAGAUCGUCUAAUGACACAAGUAAUACGAUAGAUGAACACACAGAACUUCUCAAAAAAAAAAAAAUCUUUACUAGAUCUUUUCCAAGUAAAACAUACAAGUCUUAUUUCCGAGAAAACCCCUAGUCUCACACGUUUCUAUGAUAUAACACAUGAUCCAAUAAAUUCUCUCUUCUUUACCCCCCCCCCCCCCCCCCCCCCCCCCCCCCCUCUAUGUUUCACUCACUAUACAAAUUAUGAAACCCUUUUUGCUAAGAAUACUUCUAUUUAUGUUAAUUCAAUACAAAUCUAAUCCAGCCUAGUUAUACUAGAUAGAUUUCGUGGCUCCCUUCCCAAGUAAAGAUCUACAGUUCUCUUUACUAAUCUUCCAUUUCCUUUUUAAAAAAAAAUGUUUUUGUUAAUGACAAAAUUCCUCGUCAAAAAAAAUUUAUUUUGCUUAAUGAAAAACAUCCAUUUGUCUUCACACAUAUAUACAUUUUCCUUUUUCAAGUUCAAGUUCAAGCAAUCCAUACAUGAACUGCAAUAUAACUCCAGCUUCGUGCAACACGUUAUAUACUAUCUCCUAUAGUACUUUACGAACUUAUACAUCAGCAAACAAACCUUUGUCAAUUCGGGGAACCUAGCGCAAAAUUACUCACCGUGUACACUAUUGUGUAAUCGGCCACUCGGGCCUUGUACAACAUGGGUUUUUAUUUUAUCUUUCAAUAUUAUAGUUUGCAAUGAUUAACAAUUUGUUACACCAUCAAGUUCAACCUUAAAUCAUUGUACCAAACGGCAUUUUUGUCCUUGGCAACUGGGUUUUCUGUGUAUUAUAAUAGAUGUUACCAAACGCACUUUUUGUCUUGUCCUCUCGGAACGUGCUUCUCCCACAUAUAAAAUUGUGUUACCAAACGCACUUUUUGUCUGGUCCUGGGCAACGACAUGCUUCUUCUGCAUAUUAAAAAUGAUGCUACUAGCUCUUUAUCAAACAAAAAGUAAUGAUGUUACCAAACUUCGUUAUUCUCAUGAAAAAUCUCUGUAGAUUCCUUAGCUCGCCAUCUUUGUUAAUCACAACCAUGCAACACGUUGACUCCAAUAGUAUUUUGCCUUUGGGCUUAUAAAUACCAUACAAUUCAAGACCACCUUCAUCUAUUAAAAAGUGGUUUUGUCUAAAAGGAUCAUCAGAGAAACAGUCCCGCUAAACAAUGGAGAAGCCAAUGUUCAAGACUGUCCAAGAGGUGAUUGCUGCCGGCGAAGGGGUAUCGGAAAGAUACCUCCACACAACUAACGGAAACGACAAGGGUCAACCUCUUGACAUUUUGGUGCCCGAGAUGGAUAUCACGGCCGUUGAUCUUAAUCUUCUCCUCUCUUCUUCUGAUGAUGGUCGAGAAGAGUUGAGUAAACUCUACUCCGUACUCUCUAAAUGGGGAGUUGUUCAGGUGAUAAAUCAUGGAAUUGCGGAAGAUUUCCUCGACGAGAUUUUCGAACUAACCAAGCAGUUCUUUGCGCUACCGGCCAAAGAGAAACAAAAGUACGCGAGAGAAAUUAAUACUCUACAAGGAUAUGGAAGCGACAUGAUAUUAUCGGAUAAUCAAGUUCUUGACUGGAUCGACCGCUUGUACCUCACCACUUACCCUGAAGACCAACGAAAGCUUAAACUCUGGCCUGAAACUCCACUUGGAUUUAGGGAAACUUUACAUGAAUUCACAAUGAAGCAGCAACUAGUGAUUAAGAAUUUCUUCAAGGCAAUGGCUAGAUCGUUGGAGUUGGAAGACAAUUGCUUUAUAGAGAUGUGUGGAGAAAAAUCUGUCACGGAGACCAGAUUCAACGUGUAUCCUCCAUGUCCGAGGCCGGACAAGGUUAUUGGGUCUAAACCCCACUCUGAUGGCUCGGCCUUCACUCUUCUCUUACCAGACAAGAAUGUUGAAGGGCUUCAGUUCCUCAAAGAUGGGAAGUGGUAUAAAGCUCCAAUCGUCCCGUAUGCAUUUCUGAUCAAUAUAGGAGAUAUGAUGGAGAUAAUGAGCAAUGGAAUAUACAAGAGCCCCGUUCAUAGAGUGGUGACUAACAGAGAAAAAGCAAGGAUAUCUGUGGCAACAUUUUACGCUCCACAUGAAGACAAAGAGAUUCAACCUGUAGAUGGCAUUGUGUCUGAGACAAGGCCAAGGAUGUACAAGACAAUUAAGAAGUAUGUGGAUUUCUACUUUGAUUAUUAUCACCAGGGUCGAAGACCGAUCGAAGCUGCAUAUAUCUGAACACGGGGUGGCCGGACAAGCCGAGACUAGACUAUAUGGACAGGACGAAUAGUCUUUGACCCUUUCUUUAUUUACUUUCAGUUAAUCAUUAAUAAUGGAUAUGUCUAUCCUUGUGGUUAGGAGCAUACCAACUCCACAUUUCCGCGUUACCUUGUUUGUAAGAAUCUAUGAUUUCCGCAUCUUGUACCGUUUUCCUAUUUAACAAAAAAAAAAAGUCAAAGAAUAAAGGCACGCUUACUCUGCUAAUUGCAAUCUUGUGUUCUAAAUUGAAAAACUUUUAUUGGAAUCUCUAUCAUUUGGACCUAUCUUCCCUUUUGCUUUUGUUUCAAACCACUUGGUUGCAUGCAAAUCACAGAGUCUAAAACAUGAAAACUAAGCAAAUAAUUUUCUUUUAUUGUAUCCAAAAAAUUUAACUAUUGAAAACAAGUGUUUAAAAAUAUAUUGUAUUAUUAUUUGAGAAGUGAAUUUGCUUAUUUGUCAUGUUUUCCAUGAUAUUAGAAUGAAUCAUUAGUUUUAAUAAACAAGUUUAACUAGACUGGAACUUUAUCUUAUCGGAUCGAAAACGCUCUCUCACUAAAAAAACGCUCUCUAUAGAAAACCGCUAGGGUUGCCGGCGGCGCUUUCUCUUCGAGGUAGUCGCCGGUUGCCCACCAUCUUGUUUUCUUUUCUUUUCCCUCGCCGCUCAUCUCCUUCCUCGACCCUGCUUCCUUUCUCGGUGGCUCUGUUUCCUUGCGCCUCCGCGCGGGCUAGAUCUGGCGUGUUGGACUCGGAUCUCUGGAGAAGCAUGGCGGCGGAGUGGUUGAGUGGUUCCUUUGGGUGCGUGGAGUAGUGGGGGUUGCGGUCUGGUGUCAGAUCGGGACUUUGGUAGCGAGAUCUAUCUCCUUCCUCUUACUUUCUCUGUUCACUCUUCUCCGACGGGUGAAAGAGCUUGUUUGGCUGAAUGCGUCUUGGGUUCCUUUAGGCGGAGGAGCUGCGGUGCUUCUUCCUCUUGUUCUUCUGGUCUCCGGCGGCGUGUCUCUGCGCCGAUCAGCCCUCUCUCGGAAGCGUCUCUGUGUUGUUUUUGUACCAAGCCGGGAAGAUCAACGGCGGGUUCUCCGUCGUUGGGGCGUGUGCGAGGAUAUUAGCUGUUGGUCUUGUCAACUGCGGCGAAGCUUUUCGGUGGCGAUGCGUGCUGAGAUAGCAGGGUUCUUGGAUUGAUCUAGGGCUUCCUCGGGUCCACCUCGCCUUCGGGUGAAGGUUGUUGUUUCUGUCUUCUUGGUACAGGUACGAUGGCGUGUGGCGGCACAAGGAUGCUUCUUCUCCGAAUAAAGCUCGACCUUUUCAUUCUGGUGUCCUUGGUCACGAGAGUAGCGGUUUGUUCUUGAAGGCCGCGGAUUAGGUGGGCGUAGCAAGCUGUUUUUAAAAAUCCAAUCUUAAAGAGUUGGUCACCGGGUAGGCCAAUAUUUUCUGGGUCCAAGCUCUCGUAUUAACUGUGGGUUUGAUUCUGUGGCAAGCGAAUGUUCACUCUCUGAUGUUUCCUUCUUGUUUCUGCUGUUAAUCUUGUAGAUAGGUCUGGUAUUUUAGGUCUGAGUCUCUGUUAGCUUGUAUUACUUUGCUCUGCUUCUUGUGAUCUAUGUCUGUCUGUAAAAAACAGAAAAAUUUGGUAU